CGGAAGGAGCCGAGGGCCGGCUCGGGGAGCGCGGGAACGCGGCGGGCCAUGGCGGCCUCCGGCGCCGCGAGCCGCAGCUGGGCUCUGUGCCCCGAGGUGCCGUCCGCCACCUUCUUCACGGCGCUGCUCUCGCUGCUGGUGUCCGGGCCUCGCCUGUUCCUGCUGCAGCCGCCGCUGGCGCCGUCGGGCCUGUCGCUGCGGUCCGAAGCGCUGCGCAACUGGCAAAUUUACAGGCUGGUGACCUACAUCUUCAUCUAUGAGAACCCGGUGUCCCUGCUCUGCGGUGCCAUCGUCAUCUGGCGCUUCGCUGGCAAUUUUGAGAGGACCGUGGGCACCGUGCGCCACUGCUUCUUCACCCUGAUCUUCACCGUCUUCUCCGCCAUCAUCUUCCUGUCCUUUGAGGCCGUGUCUUCGCUGUCGAAGCUGGGAGAGGUGGAGGAUGCCCGGGGGUUCACGCCGGUGGCCUUCGCCAUGCUGGGCGUCACGUCCGUGCGCUCGCGCGUGAGGCGCGCCCUGGUGUUCGGCGUGGUCGUGCCCUCAGGCCUGGUGCCCUGGCUCCUGCUGGGUGCCUCCUGGCUCAUCCCCCAGACGUCCUUCCUCAGCAACGUGUGCGGGCUCGCCAUCGGGCUGGCGUACGGCCUCACGUACUGCUGCUCCCUGGACCUCCCGGAGCGGGUGGCCCUGAAGCUGGACCAGAAGUUCCCCUUCAGCCUCAUGAGGAGGAUCUCCCUCUUCAAGUACAUCUCGGGCUCCUCUGCGGAGAGAAGGGCCGCCCAGAGCCGCAGGCUGAACCCCGUGCCCGGCUCCUAUCCCACACAGAGCUGCCACCCUCACCUGUCCCCGAGCCACCCUGUCACCCAGAUGCAGCACGCCGGCAGCCAGAAGCCAGCCUCCUGGCCAGCAUGCGCCCCAGGGCACACGCCCAGCCCGCCUCCAUACCAGCCUGCGUCCGGCCUGUGCUAUGUGCAGAACCAUUUUGGUCCAAGCCCUAGCUCCUCUGCUGUCUACCCAGCCUCUGUGGGUGCCUCCUUGGGGAUCCAGCCCCCUGCCCCCGACAGCUGCCCCGGCUCAGUGUACUCUGGAGCCCUGGGCACUCCAGGGGCCACAGGCGCCAAGGAGUCCUCGAGGGUCCCAGUGCCCUGAGGGAGUCUUGGCCGCCCCCAGGAGGCCGUGGGGGCCGACGUUUCUUCGCGAUUAUUUAUUGAGUGUGUCUGUGCCAGGCUGUGUUGAGUACCUGGAUCAGUGUCCCCACCUCGGUCUCCUCUGUGCCCCGACAGCUUUGUGAAGCAGGGUUUAUUGUCACAGUGUACAGAGGCAGAAGGAAGCCUUCUGUGUCGUGUGGCCCUGUGAUGGCAGCACCAGGGUUCCUAGCUGCAGGCCCAGGGUCCCCAGGGGACACGUGGGAGAUGAGGGAGCCGGCGGUGGUGGCUGGUGGCUGCCGGUGGCUUUUCCAGCUCCUCCCUCCCUCCCUGUGGUUCACAGUGCUCUUGGUUCUGUGGUGUCUGUGUCCCUGCCCUGGGGGAGCUCCUGGCUGUGUGCUGGACAGCCCCGUGUGGUGUAUCACCCCCGGGGUCACCCCGGCCCACGUGAACGAAGCUGCUUACUGAUGGGUCAUGGUGUUGCUUACUUUUGAAUAAAGAAACAGCGUCUCACAUGCCUGUA